AUGAUACCCUCGCAGGAUGACCUAAAGUCCUUGCCUAUCUUCGCGCCAUUGUUCGCCGCGGUUGCGGCACCAAUGAGUACUUUAAUGGAUAUUCCGUCACUGACUGAACCUUGGUUCUUCCAGCACGAGGCAUACGGCGAUAGUACAAAGUUACCUGAUCCACGAGCUAAUAUUGUAUUAAGUGCUGUUGGGCUUGCAUUUAACGUCCUCGCUAAUGCACUCCUCAUCCUUCGAUUCUCCGUGCGCGAGGGUCGUUGGAGAUAUACCACGCGGGUGAGCUUAAUAUGUUGGGUAGUGAAGUUUGGAAUUGCCUUGGGGAACGUCCUCGCCUAUGGAAUCCUGUCCCGAAACACGCCCGACGUAGGUUACGGAGAGGGGUUCUGGUGCGCAGUAAUGUCGUUGCUGAUUGUGACGGGCAUUGUUGUACUGCUUCUCUCACAUUAUUAUUUACACAUACGUGGAAAGAGGGAGCAGCGAGUACCACUAGAGACCCAAAUGAGCUUACGCAUCGCCGGGAGGCACUUUAUGCUCCAAAAUACGCUUUUCGUAACAACCAUUGGUUUGCUUGCGUUGGUUAUGUCGAGAGUAGAACAUUGGACCUACCUUCAAGGGAUUUACUUCUCGGUCGUUACGUUCCUGACAGUAGGCUUCGGCGACUUCUAUCCAACGAAGACAUCAACGCAGAUCGUGCUAUUCCCAUUCGCCCUUGUUGGUAUCGUGCAGCUCGCGUGUCUCGUUGACCUUCUUGUUCGCUUCUUCCACGGACGUCUUGCUGCUCGCCAUGCGGAAAGACGACGUGAGUUCGAGAAGCGGCGACAGGAAGAAGAGAAUAAACUUGAGAAGGAACCAAGUCUUGAACGGGAGAUGGAAUUUUUGAAUAAGUUAUAUAAUGAAGCGGAUAGAUGGAGGACUGUACAAGACCUUGCAGCUAACAUUACUGGGUUUCUCGCUUUCUGGCUCGUAGGCGCCAUAAUCUUUUCGCAAAUUGAGGGUUGGACAUACGGGCAAGGAUUAUAUUUCUGUUACGUCUUUUUCUUAACAAUUGGCUAUGGUGAUUUUACGCCGACACUUCCUGCGAGCAGAGUCGUAUUUGUGGUAUACUCCGUCGUCGCAGUGCCAGUCAUGGCUUCCUUUGCAGUGCAAACCAUACAGAACGUAUUUCAGAAAUUCUCCGUCGACCUUCUCCAACGGAACGAGGCGAAGGCGGGCGUCAGGACUGGCGGCACUGAAGACCGUGCACUAGGAGCGACCGAGAAAACUGCGAAUGUCGUCGAUGAAGAGAAAGGGUUGCCAAAGGACGUGGGCGAUAGGAUUCAGAAGAACGAUAAUGCAUGGAGGCAUAAGAAGACGCAUGCAGAUUACAUCGUAGCUGGACAUGAUCGGAUUGAUUCUUGGUUUUCAAAGCAUGAAUCCGAGAAGAGGGAUGAGGAUCUUGAUAAGGCUGCUGAAGAGGAUGCUGGAGAACGUGAAGUGGAACGUAAGCACGAUGAGGACCGCAUAUUGACAGAAUACGUCUUGGAAUUGGCCAUCGAGCUCGAGAAGCACGCACGUAGGCUAUUAAUGGGACAUUUGGACGAAGGGAGCGAUGCACGUAUGCUACUCAAGGCAGAUCGCAUUGUUCAACUCCGUAACAUCAGGACUUUGGCGGACCAAAUGCACUCAGACUGGGAUGCUUCUGGAGGAGCAGACGAAGCUGGUGGUGAUGGGUCGUCAAAAUCUGCACUCAAGGAAGGCAAGGGGAAGGGAAGAUUAAAUACAAUGAUGCAGAAGUACUAUGAAGAAGAGUCGGAUCUUCUCCCGUUUUCCAUUGAUCUGGAUGACCGAGAGACGCUAGAGGAGAUCGCACGCUAUCGUGAGACAUUCGCUGGUUUGCUCGCUGCAGGAAGCCGACUCUUGCGGUUAAAGGAUGAAGAACAGUUUUUGUUUGAGAGACGGUUUUGGAGAGGGAAUGAAACUGGAUAG